UCUAGUCAUCUCCCAGGGAGUUCCUUCACACCACGCCUCUUUCUACUAAAAGGACGCCGUGCCGUUUCAUCAGUAUUUAAACCCAGCACCUCCAUCUCCCAUUAUUUUCCUUUGAUCACUUCUCUCUCUCUCACCUUGAAUCUGUGCCUGCUCUAAGAGGACAGCGGUUGUGGUUGGCAAAACAGCAGAGACGCCAGCCAGCUCUGCCGCUGCAUAGCGAGCAGGAGGAGCAGCCAAUGGAGCAGGAGUUGCACCAGCCCAUGGACCUGCCCCCGGGCUUCCGCUUCCACCCGACGGACGAGGAGCUCAUCACGCACUACCUCGCCCGCAAGGUCGCCGACGCCCGCUUCGCCGCGCUCGCCGUCGGCGAGGCCGAUCUCAACAAGUGCGAGCCCUGGGACCUGCCAUCACUGGCGAAGAUGGGAGAAAAGGAGUGGUACUUUUUCUGCCUCAAGGAUCGUAAGUACCCGACAGGGCUGAGGACGAACAGGGCAACGGAGGCCGGAUACUGGAAGGCUACAGGCAAGGACAAGGACAUCUUCAGGGGCAAGAUCCUCGUCGGCUCCAAGAAGACGCUCGUCUUCUACAAGGGGCGGGCGCCCAAGGGCGAGAAGUUCGGCUGGGUCAUGCACGAGUAUCGCCUCCACGGCAAGCUCAACGGCGCCAUCCCCAAGGCCACAUCCAAGAACGAGUGGGUGCUGUGCAGAGUGUUCAAGAAGAGCCUCGCAGGAGCAGUACCACCACCAGCCAAGAAAGGCGCCGGGAAGGUGGACGACAUGGCCAUCUAUCACCUCCCCCCGCUGAUGGACAUGUCCGGCUCCGCCGCCGUCAACCCCGCGGCGGCACACGUGACCUGCUUCUCCAACGUGCUGGAGGGCCAGUUCUUCAACCAGACGGCGCCACAAGCCGCCGCCGUGGCCGGCGGCACGGACCAUCUCAGCCUCGUCUCCUCGUCCCCGUGCUUGGCCAGCUUCGCGCAGUACGGGCAGCUGCACCACGGCGAGAGCCUGGUGCAACUCCUGGAGAGCAACGGGUACGACGACAUCGCCUCCUACUCGGGCAAGCAGCCGGCGCCCUGCAAGGGCGAGCGGGAGAGGCUGAGCGCGUCGCAGGACACUGGCAUCACCUCCGACGUCGUGAACCCCGAGAUCUCUUCUUCCUCCGGCCAAAGAUUCGACCACGAGCAGCUGUGGGGCUACUAAGCCUUACGCACACCGCGUCAAUGGCGACUAGCAUAUAUAGUAGUACUGUAAAUAAACCUGUGAGAGCGAUCGACGCAUCGAGCUUCGUUCCAUUUGUUCGUGUGCUUGCAGAUUACUAAGCGAUUUGGGGGUGCAAUUAGCACUGCUGUAUUCGUGAUUUGGUGCAAUAUUUCCCUGGUUGAUACCAAUCAAGCUAUGGAUGGUUACCUCUGCUAGCUAAGUAGUUAGUUAGUUAGUCUCA